UAUAGUUGCACCAACUUACAAUUCAGAAGAAAAGUUGAUCAGCGUAAAAGUUUGUUCACUAAAAAAAUGGAAGGAGCGGACCUUUUCGAACUUCCCGUGUGGACAAAGACCCUCCUGAAUCCGCUGAUUUUGGACAAUAUUUUCUCCCACCUGGAUUUCACCACUUUGAAGAACUCCGUCCGCCCCGUGUGCACCGUUUGGGCAGACCUCAGCGCCUCGCAUCUCGGGCGGCUAGGUCGCCUCCGGUUGUCCCACAUUCCCAAACGCAUGAACUCAUUCCACCCAAAACUGGCCAAUUGUAUUUCCCUCCGCUGUUUUGAGGGACCCUGCUGUUCUAAACCCGGAAAUUAUGCAUGCACCCUAGAUAACGACCCUGUUACCGUAAACCCUGAAAUAUCAAAAUUUUUGACCAAACUUGUCAUAAAAAUCGAAGAAAUAGUGCUACCCAAACUGGGAGAAGGGUGGAACACGUUCAAGUUCCGAAAUCGAUUGGGCAUCCUGGUUGAAAAAUGGGGAGAUGACGAGGCCCCACAAUUUCGAUCCUACCCUAAUCUUAAGACACUCGUCUGUAUCAUUCGUAGCCCUUGGAGAAAAGGUUGCCACGUGGGGGUUGGUGCAAGUACGAUCGUGCAAGGGCUGCUCAAUUCUGCCCCCAAUCUGGCAGAGGUCAAGACGAGAAUAAAUUUCUAUCCAGAUUUCACCCUCUGUAAAAAGCUGAAGAUUUUGAAGUAUGAAUUUGACAGAAUGCGAAUUUAUCCAGACCCUCCUGCAGUUUCAAAAAUGCUGAACACGUGCUCAAAUUCUUUAGUUCGGUUGACCUUGGAUGGUUUCCAGGGUGCUGAUAAAACCAAUAAACUCGCACAGAUUUCCAACUACUUUGCCCCGAACCUUACCCACCUUACGAUUGUUUACAGUGAGGUAAACUUUCUUCUUAGCUGUCUGGAUGUUGCUCAUCUCCCAAAACUGACCCAUUUCGCGAUCAAGGGGUACAAUGAGAACCAUAUUUGGGAAAUGUUUCAAAAUUUUAAUUUACGUCAUACUGGGGUAACUUGUCUUACAAUUAGUAUCGUGUGCGCUUACGUUGAUACCAGGGACGUACAAGCUGCCGCCAAAAUUGUGCAUCUCUAUCCAUCCGUGACCAAGUUUAAAAUGUCGGUUGGACAUGGUGCAAGGAAUUUCGAACACUUGAAGGAAAUGCUGAACUCUUUUGGAGAGUGGAACUUAUCGAUGGGGAAGAUCGUAAUGUCGUCUUUCAUGCGUGCGGAGCAUGUAGCGGCAGUGUUGGAAGGGAUGGCGGGUUGGCGAGGUUUGCAGAAUACGACACUUCACUUUAGGAAAGGCUUGGUGAUGUUUGACCGAGCGAGAAACGCGCUCCUAUCGUGCGGAUCAAUUCGACACAUUUAUGUCCACGGCGCUAAGAUGGUUCAGGAGGAUCGGGAAGAUUUGAGGGAAUUAAUUGCCCAGAGGAAUUUGCCAAUUUCUCUCAUUUCACGUUAAUUCGAGGAGUAACAUCUGGCCUAGAAUUUUUUGUACGGCGAGUAAAUGAUGUCGAUUAUUUGAUAAAGUGGCAAACUUCCAAGUCGUAAUUGUUACUAUGUAUUUUCAAAUUUCAAAUUUCAUUUAAUUAAUAUGCAAAUAGUACAGUCUUAUCAGUAAUGAUACCAUUUUUAGAAGUAAGCCCAUCGAAUUAUGUGGGCUGACUUAACGGCUGACUUAACUGUAACGACUUCUUACGACUUUUACGAAAUUCAUGCGUAACUUGACCUUGGUCCACUGAGUUUUAGAUUAAGCAGCAUAAUUUAGCAUUAAGAAUGUAAAAAUGUCGUAAAUUUUCAUUUGAAAAGGGUGACAUUAUGUUUUAGAUUGUAUUAAAAUUAAGUUUGUCAGAUGUGAUAAUUUGACCAGAGAAAUUUUUGCUUCGAGAUUUACUUGCCGUCUUCCUGCCCUAAGUUUUUAGUAACUAUCAUAAAUAUGUGUGUAACUAUUGUAGCUUGAUGAAUUUAAUUAAUAAAUCAAGUUUAAUUGUC